AUGGUAGAUUUUCUCUCUUCAGUUUCCUCCACUUCUCUCUCUCUAACUUAUUCCUUCUUUCUUUCUUUCUUUUUCUCCUUUCAUUUCCUUCUCUCUCUCUUUUCCGUCUUUAGUUCGCUCUCUCUCUCCUUUUCCGUCUUUAGUUCGCUCUCUCUCUCCUUUUCCGUCUUUAGUUCGCUCUCUCUCUCCUUUUCCGUCUUUAGUUCGCUCUCUCUCUCCUUUUCCGUCUUUAGUUCGCUCUCUCUCUCUCUUAUCCCUCUCUUUCUCUCCCCCUUUUACUUCUUUAGUUCUGUCUCUCCCUUCUUUAUUUCCGUGCCUUCUUUCUUUAUUUUUGUCUCUUUUUCCUUUUUUGUCUCUCUCUGUCUCCUUUUACGUCUUUAUUUCCCUCUCUUUCUUUUUUCGUCUUUCUCUCUCUCGCUUUUUACGUCUCUGUUUCUCUCUCUCUCUCUCUCUCUCUCUCAUCCCCCUUUCCUUCUUUAUUACUCUUUCUCUCCUUUUCCUCCCUCCUCCCAUAUUUUCCUUCUUACUCUCUCGUUCUCCUUGGUAUUCUUUAUUCUUUUUGCCUCUCUUUCUAUUUCUUUUCUCUCCUGA